GUGCUCUCUUUAGGGGGAGGGAAGGUGAACUGGUGGGCAGCACAUGGGCGCUGUGGCAGUUCUGGUGAAAACAUCAGUUAUAUGCGGUGCAGAGGAGAACAAGCUAAUGAGAGGACUAAGAAUGAUUUUCCCAGAGUCACAUGACUGAUCCGAGGCAAGGCCUGGGCUGGAAUCCUGGUUCCCUGGCUCAGGUCAGGCCUUUUCUGUCACCCCACCCAAACCUAGAGGUUUUCUUCGAAUGGUUCCAGAUGGUAUUAAGAAGCUGGGGGUGUGGGACCCAGCUUGGGCUUAUGCUGCUUUUCCCUCAGGCUUAACCAAACUCUCAUUGUCAAAGGUGAAGCUGAGAAUCUUUGUUCAAGCCCCGUGGCUUGAGGAGAGAAAAGAAAAGAGGCAGAGAUAAGGUGAGAAAGAAAGCCACCAGCAGACGGAGUAGAACUUGGAGAGAAGGAUGGCCCCAAGUCGCCGAAGCCUGGGACUUCUCUUCACCUACCUUCUAUCUUUUCUCUUCGGUCUCCCGGCCAACCUCCUGGCCCUGCGGGCCUUCGUGGGGCGCGUCCGCCAGCCCCACCCUGCACCCAUCCACAUCCUCCUGCUCAGCCUGACGCUGGCGGACCUGCUGCUGCUGCUGCUGCUGCCCUUCAAGGUGAUUGAGGCUGCAUAUGAUUUCCGCUGGCCCUUGGGGGACACACUCUGUGCCCUCACUGGCUACGGCUUCUACAGUGGCAUCUACUGCAGCACGUGGCUCCUGGCGGGCAUCAGCAUUGAGCGCUACCGCAGCGUGGCUUUCCCCGUGCAGUACAAGCUGUCCCGCCGGCCCUUGUAUGGAGUGAUUAUCGCUCUGGUCUCCUGGAUCAUGUCCUUUGGUCACUGCAGCAUUGUGAUCAUUGUCCAAUACUUACCAACCAACACGUCAACGGGCAAUGCGGAGGGCCUCAUUUCCUGCUAUGACAACUUCACCAAAGAGCAGCUGGACGUGGUGCUUCCCGUGCGGCUGGAGCUGUGCCUCGUCCUCUUCUUCAUCCCCAUGGUGGUCACCAUCUUCUGCUACUGGCGUUUCGUGUGGAUCAUCCUCUCCCAGCCCCACGUGGAGACCGGGAAGCGCUGGAGAGCCGUGGGGCUGGUGGUCAUGACCCUGUUCAAUUUCCUGGUCUGUUUUGGGCCGUACAACGUGUCUCACGUGGUGGGGUACUUCCAGAAGACAAGUGAAAGCUGGCGGGCCUGGGCAGUGCUGCUCAGCACUCUCAAUGCUUGCAUCGACCCUUUGAUUUUCUAUUUCUCCUCCUCAGCUGUGCGCAAAGCCUUUGAUAAAAAGCUGCGGAAGCUGCGGAGCUGGGGUGCCUCACUGUUGGGGUUCUGGAGGAGAAGAGCUGGAAAGCCAGCUGCAGAGAGAGGACAUGGGAGCUUAGGUACGGCCAGUGGCAGCUUCACAGGAGACUAGACUUGCCAGCUUGGUGGUAGGUGUUUUUUGGGGAAGGGGGGGUACUCAAAAAGGGGAACAAGGAGACAGAACCAGAGUGAGUUCUCCUCCAGAGGCAAAGAAGAGCAGUGGGCUCUCAAGUCCAACUCAUCCAUUGGGUGACUGUUGUCACCUUGCUCCCUGUGGUUUACGACAUUUCCUCAUUUGUGGCUGCUACUGCUUCGCGGUAAGCCGCAAGGGAACAGCACAGUCCUGGAAUUCCCUGCUUCCUCCACUCCAUGUCUAUGAGAUGGCAGUAUUCAUUUACAGGCACACCUUGUUACCCUGGGCUUCAGAGAUAUCAUGCUUUUCACAGUUUGAAGGUUUGUAGCAACCCUGUACUGACAGACGACGCUAACAUUUUUUAGCAAUAAACUAUUUUUCAAUUAA